AUGGCAGGUGCUACAGCCGCUAAAGGGGCCUCCACAGCAACGUGCAAUGCAGGAAGCGAGAGCGAGAAAAGCUGCCAGCUCUACGUUCCCUCAGCGCAUGAGUUGGGCUUCGACCAGGAGGCCUUCCGUCAGGGAAAGCUUUCCAUCGUAAUCCUGGGUGCCACGGGAGAUCUGGCCAGAAAGGAGAUCUUCCCAGCACUGCUGGACCUCGUGGCGCAGCGGUUUCUGCCCGAGCAGGUUGUCCUUGUAGGCGUGGGAAGGUCCAAGCGGACUUCCGAGGAGUUCCGACAGCAGUUGAAGCCGGCGUUGCUGGAGGCUUGUCCAAGCCAGGCAAAUGCUUGCGAAGGCGACGUCAACGCUUUCCUGCAGAAGAUGUCAUAUUGCUCUCUGGACUACAAGAGCCAGGAGGAUUUCAAGGGUUUGCAGCAAUUCCUAGAAGAGGUGGAGGACGCGGCCUUUCAGAGUGCUCGGAAAGCUGACUCCUUGGAGCAGCCUGCACUGCGCAACCGCGUGUUCUACUUCGCGGUUCCCCCUUUUGUUUUCGAGGACGCCGCUUCUGCGAUCAAGGAGACGUGUUUGACAGACUCGGGCUUCAACAGAAUUAUCCUGGAGAAACCCUUCGGCCGCGAUUUACACACUGCAGAGGAGCUUAGCACGGCGCUGAAGCGCUUGUAUACAGAAGACCAGCUGUACCGGAUGGACCACUUCCUUGGCUAUGAGGUUUGUCAGAACAUCCUGUCAGUUCGUUUCCGCAAUGCUUUCGUGGAGCCACUGAUGAACAACCGGCACGUGGCCGCUGUUCGGAUCAGUUUGAAGGAGGACUUCGGAACCCAGGGCCGCGGAGGUUACUUCACGAAGUACGGCAACAUCCGCGACGUGGUCCAGAACCAUUUGUUGCAGGUGCUCACCCUUGUGGCCCUCGAGAGGCCCGAUGGGGACCUCCGGGCGGCUAAGUUGGAACUCCUCCGUGCCGUGCGGGACAUCAACAUGGAUGAGGUGGUUGUGGGGCAGUACGUCGCGGGCAACGACCAUCCGGGCUUCCUGGAGGAUGACAGCAUCGCAGAGCGAGACGAGGAGGCCGCGAAGCGCUGCCCGACCUUCGUGCAGCUGGUGAUCCGCAUCGACAACGACCGCUGGCGUGGAGUGCCCUUUAUCAUCCUGGCCGGCAAAGGCUUGGAAGAGAGCAGGUGUGAGGUGCGCAUCCAGUUCAAGGAGACUCGAAGCCCAGACAUCUUUCCUGGAGAGACCUGCCCCCGGAACGAGCUGGUCAUGAGAGUGUCUCCACAUGAGGCAAUCUACAUGAGGAUGAACAUGAAAACUCCCGGCUUGUCUGGUGAUCUGACUCAGAGCGAGCUGGAUCUGUGCUACAACAGCCAGUACGGCUGCACGUACCGGCCGAGAGCCUAUGCACGGCUCCUGCUGGAAGCCCUCAGGGGCCACCAGGACCAGUUCGUGGGCGAGGACGAGUUGCUGAGAGCUUGGGAGAUCUUCACGCCACUGUUGGAGAAGCUGGAGGGACACGCAUGCGACAAAAAGCUCGUGAAGUAUCCCUUUGGCAGCCAGGGGCCCCAGCAGGCUCGAGACAUGCUGCCCAGCCUGAACUUCCUGGAGCCGGAAGGUCCAGAAGGCAAUGCCUGCUGGAAGAAUUGA